AUGGAACGCUGGAGUGGAAUUCUCAAGGUGCUGUUGCACCCUGAUAGCACCACUUUCUAUAGAGUUGCUGCAUCCCUCUGCCUUUCGCCUUCUUCCACGUCUCUUACGAUGCCUUCUGCGAAUGCCAUAUUCUUCAAUGGGGAUCAUGUCGAAGGGACUGGAGAUCCCGUAAUUGAGAGGCUUUCGGAUUUGCAGAAUAUUGCUGAAAUUUUGGUUUCAAAGUUUGGUUCAACUGUCAAUGCUUGGGUGGUUGAUGCUCCCAUUUUCAAUGGUCCAUUUGCUGUUUACAAGGAUUUUGUUCCAUCUAUAAACCUGAAUGGGGAACCAAAAGGCUAUGAUGCAACAGGGUUUCCAGCUUCUUCAUCAAUCGUGUCGCUUUUGGCCAAUAGUUUGAGAGAGGCGAAUAAUGCUAUUCUACCAGGGCAAGAAGGUCCUUCUCAGGCUGAACCUUCAACAUCACUUCUGCAUGAACCAAAAACCCUUCUUUUAGGAUUUAGUAAAGGGGGUGUUGUGCUUAACCAGCUUCUCACAGAGAUUAGUUCUGUAGAGUCCGAACCUGUCAGAACAGUAAAGCAAUCAAAACAAGCCAUGAAUAAUGGAGGACAAACCUUCUGGAAGGAGAAUGAAUUUGUCUUUAUACCCUCGUCCAAAGAAGAUUUUUUAAACAGUAUAACUGAGAUCCAUUACGUGGAUGUUGGUUUAAACACGGAAGGGGCUUAUCUUACUAACAAGGAAAUCAUGGACAAGUUCUCAGAUCAUCUUGCAAGAAGAGCUUUUGGAAUACGGUUUCUUCUUCAUGGAACUCCAAGACAAUGGUGUGACAACCGGCGAAUUUGGAUCCAAAAGGAAAAGAAUGAGCUGUUUCGUCUGCUGAAAUCAGUUGCUCAAAGGAAUAUGGGGAAAUUAAAAAUCCGCGAGAGAUUAUAUUUUGCUAAUUGGCCUCCCAGUUUACAAAUGCAUUUUGAAAUCAUUGAGAAACUGGAUGAUUUAACAGGAGACUAUGUCAUUGCUACGGUGUUUGAUUGUACUGAUAAUAUAGCUAAGGUGUUAAGAAAUAGUAGCGAGAUGAUGCUGUGCGUUUCUUCAGAACUUGAAAAGACACCUUUUGUAGUUUUAAUGUAA